CAGAAGAGGCAGAAGUGGAUGUGAGAGAAAGAGACACACAGAGAGACAGAGAGCCAAAGAGGGCAAGAGACUUGACUUUAAGAGACUCCUGUACUGACAACUCCAUGCAGUUCGGAACCAGGACGACAGCGGCUGAGCCAGGAUUCAUGGGGACAUGGCAGAACGCUGACACUAACCUCUUGUUCAGAAUGUCCCAACAGGUUCCAGUGGCAUGUGCUGGCAGAGUGCUGGGUGCAGACUUUUGCCCAAACCUGGAGGAGCCAGAGCAGAGGCUGGACGUCCAGGCCAUCCGCUGCACACUGGUGAACUGCACGUGUGAAUGUUUCCAGCCGGGGAAGAUUAACCUGAGGACUUGCGAUCAGUGCAAACAUGGCUGGGUGGCACAUGCCCUGGAUAAACUCAGCACGCAGCACCUGUACCACCCCACCCAGGUGGAGAUUGUUCAGUCCAACGUGGUGUUCGACAUCAGCAGCCUGAUGCUCUACGGGACGCAGGCGGUGCCUGUGCGGCUAAAGAUCCUGCUGGACCGUCUCUUCAGCGUCCUCAAGCAGGAGGAGGUGCUGCACAUCCUUCACGGCCUGGGCUGGACGCUGCGAGACUACGUGCGGGGAUACAUCCUUCAGGAUGCUGCCGGCAAGGUUCUGGACCGCUGGGCUAUCAUGUCUCGAGAAGAGGAAAUUAUCACCCUUCAGCAGUUUCUGCGCUUUGGAGAAACCAAGUCCAUUGUGGAGCUGAUGGCGAUUCAAGAGAAAGAAGGACAGGCCGUGGCCGUGCCGUCUUCAAAGACAGACUCCGAUAUCAGGACUUUUAUUGAGAGCAAUAACCGCACCAGGAGCCCCAGCCUCCUUGCCCACCUAGAGAACAGCAAUCCCUCCAGCAUCCACCACUUCGAAAACAUCCCUAACAGCCUUGCGUUUCUGCUUCCAUUCCAGUACAUAAACCCGGUCUCAGCCCCACUGCUGGGGCUCCCUCCAAACGGCCUUCUGCUGGAGCAGCCAGGGCUGAGACUGCGUGAGCCAAGCCUUCUAACCCAGAACGAGUAUAAUGAGAGCAGUGAGUCCGAAGUGUCCCCCACGCCUUAUAAGAACGAUCAGACACCCAACAGAAAUGCGCUGACCAGCAUCACAAAUGUGGAGCCCAAAACCGAGCCAGCCUGCGUGUCCCCCAUUCAGAAUUCUGCCCCGGUCAGUGAUCUCACCAAAACAGAACACCCAAAAAGCUCAUUCCGGAUUCACCGAAUGAGGAGGAUGGGCUCAGCCUCCAGGAAGGGGCGAGUGUUCUGCAACGCAUGUGGCAAGACUUUCUAUGACAAGGGGACGCUCAAAAUCCAUUACAACGCCGUGCACCUCAAGAUCAAGCACCGCUGCACCAUCGAGGGCUGCAACAUGGUCUUCAGCUCCCUGCGCAGCCGGAACCGCCACAGUGCAAACCCCAACCCCCGCCUGCACAUGCCCAUGCUGAGGAAUAACCGAGACAAGGACCUGAUCCGGGCCACGUCAGGAGCUGCCACCCCUGUCAUAGCAAGUACAAAGUCAAAUCUCACCCUCACGAGCCCUGGCCGGCCCCCCAUGGGAUUUACCACUCCCCCCUUAGACCCCGUCUUACAGAACCCCCUCCCUAGCCAGAUGGUUUUCUCCGGGCUGAAGACGGUCCAGCCCGUUCCUCCCUUUUAUAGAAGUUUACUCCCUCCGGGGGAGUUGGUGAGUCCCCCCACGUCCCUCCCAACCAGUCCCAUCAUUCCCACCGGGGGUGCCCUGGAACCCCACCCCCCACCACCCUCUGAGCCAAGCGCGCCUGCAAUGAUGAUGGCCACCCAUGAGCCCAGUGCUGACCUGGCGCCCAAGAAGAAGCCCAGGAAGUCCAGCAUGCCUGUCAAGAUCGAGAAAGAAAUCAUCGACACAGCCGAUGAGUUCGACGAUGAAGACGACGACCCCAACGACGGCGGGGCCGUGGUCAACGACAUGAGUCAUGACAAUCAUUGCCACUCCCAGGAGGAGAUGAGCCCAGGGAUGUCUGUGAAGGACUUUUCCAAGCAUAACAGGACCCGGUGCAUUUCAAGGACUGAAAUCCGAAGGGCCGACAGUAUGACUUCGGAGGACCAGGAGCCAGAGCGGGACUACGAGAACGAGUCAGAGUCAUCGGAGCCCAAAUUGGGCGAGGAGUCCAUGGAAGGUGAGGACCACCUGGCCAGCGAAGUGAGCGAGAAGGUCCUGAUGAACAGCGAGCGGCCCGAUGAGAAUCACAGUGAGCCCUCCCACCAGGACCUCAUCAAGGUGAAGGAGGAGUUCACAGACCCCACCUACGACAUGUACUACAUGAGCCAGUAUGGACUGUACAACGGUGGGGGGGCCAGCAUGGCUGCGCUGCACGAAAGCUUUGCCUCUUCUCUCAAUUACGGCAGCCCCCAAAAGUUCUCCCCAGAGGGUGACCUGUGUUCUAGCCCAGACCCCAAAAUCUGUUACGUAUGCAAGAAGAGUUUCAAAAGCUCCUACAGCGUGAAGCUUCACUACAGGAACGUGCACUUGAAAGAGAUGCACGUGUGCACGGUGGCCGGCUGCAACGCUGCCUUCCCCUCGCGCCGGAGUCGAGACAGACACAGUGCCAACAUAAACCUGCAUCGGAAACUGUUGACCAAAGAACUCGAUGACAUGGGCCUUGACUCGUCACAGCCCUCCCUUAGCAAGGACCUCCGGGAUGAAUUUUUGGUGAAAAUCUAUGGUGCCCAGCACACCAUGGGGCUGGACGUCAGGGAAGAGGCCUCGUCCCCCGCGGGGACUGAAGACUCCCACCUGAACGGGUACGCGAGGGGCAUGGCAGAGGACUACAUGGUCCUCGACCUCAGCACCACCUCCAGUCUCCAGUCCAGCAGCAGCAUCCAUUCCUCCCGAGAGUCCGACGCGGGCAGCGACGAGGGCAUCCUCCUGGACGACCUGGACGGGGCCAGUGACAGUGGGGAGUCAGCCCACAAGGCCGAGGCCCUGGGCCUCCCGGGCAGCCUGAGCGCUGACGUCCCCGGGUCGCUCAUGUUCAACAGCUUGUCCGGGAGCAACGGUGGGAUCAUGUGCAACAUUUGCCACAAAAUGUACAGCAACAAGGGGACCCUGAGGGUGCACUACAAAACGGUGCAUUUGCGGGAGAUGCACAAAUGCAAAGUCCCAGGUUGCAAUAUGAUGUUCUCUUCUGUGCGCAGCCGCAACCGGCACAGUCAGAACCCCAACCUCCACAAGAACAUUCCCUUCACUGCGGUAGAUUAGUCUCCAGAUGGACACUACCGAUGCCAGCGCUCACCAGACGGCCUCUGUAUUUGAACUGCCAUAGUCUGUGU